AUGGCCUCUCGUUUUCUGGGUUUGUUUGACCAGGCAGCAAUAUCCAUAGACCAGCACACAGAGCUGUGCAGGGUUAACUUCAGCAGACUUAAUCCUUCACACAAUGUAAUUCCUAACCCACCUUACCUGAACUCAUCUGCAAAAUAGACCUGCCAAAAUCUGUCUCAGAGAGGCUGGGUUACUUACAAAGGUCACUGUUACUCUCAAAAGAGAAUGACAUGGACCCAAGCUGAAAACUGUUGAACUGAAAGGGCAAAAGGUCACAUAACGAGCAUCACCAGUGCAGAUGAGAAUGAAUACCUUUGUAAACUUGCUCAGGGACAGAAGGAAACCCAGUUCUGGAUGGGGGAAAAUUACCAAAAGGGGUCAUCUUUGAAAUGGUAUGAUGGAUCUCUGACAACCUUCAUCCAGAGGCCUCUGUUAUCCCUUUUCAGAGCUGCUGGAGGACUAGUUAACAGCCUGUUUAACAUAAAAAUUUGCCUGACCCUGAAUAUCUCAGGAAGGGGUGAAUGGGACAGAUCUCCCUGCAGCAAGUGGCUACCAUUCAUCUGUGUUUACAAAUCAAAACUGAUGACAUUUAACCUGUCACUGAACCACUGA